AUGUUCACCCUCAAGGAGGCUAUGUCCAUCAACAAUAAGACUUCGUGCCUCCCCAGCAUUACUCCCACAGCCCACAGGGCAGUCCAUCUCCCAACGCCGCACAAUGUCACUGUCCCAACUGUUCCGGCCAUGGACAAGAUCGCUCAGAUCCAUUCUAUCGUCCAGUUGGAGAGAAUGCCUCCUAUUACGACGGAUCGUCAUUCUCGCAUCAGCAGUCCCACGGACAAGAGGGUGAGAAGGGUUUUGGCUCAACCGUCGUCGGCGGUGCAGCGGGCGGAUAUGCGGCGCAUCAAAUGGGUGGAGGAAAGCUUGCUACUGCCGGAGGUGCAGUUCUUGGUGCAGUUGGUAUGA